AUGAGAGAAUGGACAAUCCACGGGAUGUUUGCGACUUACAAUGAUGCUGCUCGACGAAUUAAUGCUAUCAAGUUACAACUUAUGGGAGGCAGACCACUCCAUGAACCAAGACCCCAGCUCAUCACCUACCUCCCCAACGACGUAAAUAGAUAUUGGGAGAUUAUCGAAGAAGACAUGGAAGAAUAUUUAGGUCGCUAUAACUUCAAUAACCUUUCUAAUCACAUGGACUUCACCAACGCCAUGAGAUGGUAUUUCCAUGGUGGCAAAGAGGGCUUUGAGCUCAAAGCGAAAGAUAUCUAUAAUCCCAUUGCUAUCCACGUCCCAGGCACUCGCGAGGAAAUACCCCGGAUUGAAAAUGACCCGAGGAUGACCUUCGUGAUUCUUACGAAGAGAAAACGGAUGAUUGAGGGCAUGGAACUGUGGUAUGAGUGUCAAAAUCAACGAGAACAGCUCGAUCCAAAUCCUCAAGACGGUAACAAGUCUCAACUGGAGUUACAUGAGGAAAAAAUUAGGGCUCGUGAUUUGAAGGAUCUCGGCACUCUGUAUCUUACCUUAUUGCAUGGUUUGAAAACUCCCAUUCGCUGCACGAAUUUAGAUAAAAAUCCCUACAAAUCUGCAUGGAACUUGAAAGCACUUAAUAUCAGAGGGCAGCUCCAGGAUCUCUACGAAAUCCUAUCUGAGGAGUUAACAGAAUUGUAUGAAUUAUGCAAAAGAUGCGGGAUUGAGGAUCAAGGAUCAUGA